UUUCUUCUGUAUAAUUGGUGUUUAUUUUUCCAUAAAGUUUAGAAAAAAUCUCUACAUGUCGACGUCGGUAGAACCAAACGGCGCCGUUUUACUCGAUUCUACCGCCGGCUCCGGUGGUGGAGUUGCUAAUAGUAAUGGUGCUUUGACGGUGAAGAAACAGCCGGCGAAGGACCGGCAUAGUAAAGUUGAUGGAAGAGGAAGACGUAUAAGGAUGCCAAUUGUUUGUGCUGCUAGGGUUUUUCAGCUAACUCGUGAACUAGGUCAUAAAUCCGAUGGACAAACAAUUGAAUGGUUGUUGAGACAAGCUGAACCUUCGAUUAUAGCUGCUACUGGUACUGGAACUAUACCUGCUAGUUUCUCUACUGUUUCAGUUUCCUUACGGAAUUCCAUUUCUUCUGUUUCUGCUUCUGCUCCGGUUGAUCAUAAGUUGCCGUCGCCGUCGUUGUUACAUCCGUUGAUUUCUCCGGCGCCGUUUUUGCUUGGGAAGCGUUUACGGUCUGAGGAUGAUGAUAACGGAAGUGGAGAUAAGGAUGUGGUUCCUAGUGCUGGGUUUUGGGCUGUUCCUGCUAGGCCGGAUUUUGGACAAGUUUGGAGUUUCGCUGCACCGCCGCCGGAGAUUUCACAUUCCGCGGCGAUGAUUUCGCACCCGUCGAGGCUUCUUCAGCAGCAGAUGGAAGAGGCAUCAGUUGGUAGAGUUGGGAAUUACUUUCCUAUAGCUCAAGGGCAUCUGAAUUUGCUAGCUUCUCUGUCCGGUUCAGGUUCCGGACCGCAGAGAAGGGAUGAUGAUGGACAAUGAAGAAUAUAUGAAGUAUUUGCUGUUUAUGAUAUGUAUAAAUUGAAGUAUUGUUGUUCUUGUUUGUUCGUAUUGUUAAUUUUUAGGUAUUAGGUAGUGUAGUGAGUGAGAAAUGAAGCUAGGUUUUGUUGCAAUUUGUUGAAUUAUUGCUAGGAUUAGAGUGUUUGCUUGUUCGAUCGUUCCAUCAUUGCAUUUGUUAGGGUUUCAGUUCGUUUAAGUUAUGAGUGAUGUAGCGAGAGAGAUAAGACGAGACGCAAGAAUCUAAGGUAGUUUCUUGUGAUCGAUGAAUUUGGUUGGAAUUACCACUACAAGCACAGAACUGCUUAAUAAGUGCUUGGCCAUUUUGAUAAUGGUGAGUGGAUAAGAUAGUUAUUUAAGUGUGGUCUACGAAAACCUGUAGUUCCACAUGAAUGUUUUUUGUAACGAAACCAUGGAGGUUUCUGAUGAAUGAAUUGAAUUCUGUAAUUUGUUGAAACUUUCAGUGACUCAAAUGAGUGUUAUGGAAUUUGUUCCUUAGAUACAUUGUUUCUUGAUUGAAUGAUUUUUCUGCAUUCUCGUGUAUGAAAAGGUUCACUUGUCACUGGUGAAGUGAUGCAUGAUAAGGUGUAAAAUGAAGUCGUUGGAGUGUAUUGGUUGGAAUUAAUAGCGUGCUAUGGACGUUGUAACUGUGACAUUGUCAAGAGCCUUGGGCUUGCUAUCUGUUCCAACAUAUAAACUUGUAGUGAGCGUCAUAUUUUUGAAGCGGAGAAGCUUGAGUUUCAACUUGAGAACUAUUCGAUGAUGCAGAAGUCUAUGUUAUUAUCUUCAUGCUAUACAUUGCUCAGUAGUACUCCGAAGACUAGAUUUCUGAAGCUAGUUGUUGAACUGAUGUAAUAUUUCACAUGCUUAGUAUCAUCACUUGCUAUUUCGAGUUGGAGGAACAGGAGUCUGCACUGCAGUAUGUAGUACUCUUUUCUCUUAAAGCAGUUGGAUAAUUCCGCUCUGCAGCAUCUGAGUUUAAGGAUGCAAUUCAGCUUUUUGCGUUUUUUUUUUCGAUAACAUGUACAUUAUGUCUAUUUACUGUUUGUUAAGAUCACUUGGCUUGAAGAUGGGCUGAUGUUUAGAGGACUCGCAUGGGUUUGCAGGUUUGACCUCCGUACUAAAGGUUACAAAUUUGAUGUUUUUGCUGAUUGAAUUCUCAGGCUUCCGAAGAAAAAUUGCUUAGGUUCUGAAAUGUAUUGGUGAAAGAAGAUCAGAUUGAACUCUCUAGCCUGGCAUCGUCUGGACUUGUGGAACUCUUUUCAACUACCGCGAAGACUUCAGCAGAAGAAGGCUUGCAGACAUACAGUCCAACUAUGUUGCUCGGACUCUUCAAAAAUGUCACCGAGUGCGUGUUGGAUCCUCCAAAAGUAGUGCAGUUUUGGACUCCACAUGCCAGAGCUUUCUUCUACAUUUGUCCUGUGGAAAGGUACUCAUUCAGUGUCGGUAUCGGAAAUAUGUUGGCUGGUAAUACUAGCUUAAGAAUGUCAAGUGUUUGUUGAAUAUGGUUUCAUUUUGGAUGUCUGCUAAGCUGCGAUAUCUUUUGCAUCAUUCUUUGCGGUUCAAUCGUAUAUAGUCAUUGGUGAAGCCUACUAAUUUUGUCAAGGUUGUUCAAGAUCUAAUAUAUAUGUAUGAAGAGUAAUUUUUUACCUACAUAUACAAUAUACUUUUUUGA